GUAGGCCUACUACAAACAACCUCGCAGUGUACGCUGCUUGGAUGAAGUUUGUCCCUUGUGAGCCUCCUUACAGAAGCAAUUCGCUAACGUGAUUUGUUUACAGCUCAAAGUCUGACUGGUCCAUUGCGUUUGAACGUCCUCCUGCUUCAGAAAUGUUCUGGUGUUAUCUAUUUCUGUCGUUGGUCCUGGUGUGCCGGGCUACAGCGUGUCCCUGUGUGAGACCAGAACUCUGCCAACAGAUCCGCGAGGAGAGAGACUUUGAGGUGUUUGUGUUUGAUGUGGGUGGAAAGAUAUGGAAGUCUUACAACUGGAGCAUGGUGACGACAGUGGCGACGUUUGGAAAAUAUGAUGCUGAGCUCAUGUGUUACGCUCACUCAAAAGGAGCACGAGUUGUACUUAAAGGUGACGUUCACCUCUCCUACAUUGUGGAGCAACAUAACAGGACGGCGUGGAUAACCGAGAAGGUCAACUUGGCCAAGAUUCAAUUUAUGGAUGGGAUCAACAUCGACAUCGAACAAGCAGUAGACGAAGGCUCGCCAGAGUAUUAUGCUUUGACAGACCUGGUCAAAGAGACCACUGAGACCUUCCACAGGGAGAUCCCAGGUUCCCAGGUCUCAUUUGACGUUGCCUGGUCACCAAAUUGUAUUGACAAGCGCUGCUAUGAUUACGCUACCAUCGCGGAAUCCUGUGACCUGUGUUUUGUGAUGUCCUAUGAUGAACAGAGCCAGAUCACGGGGGACUGUAUUGCAAUGGCAAAUGCCCCACACUCUCAAACACUGAAUGGUUAUGCGCAGUUUUUGAGUCUGAAGAUCGAUCCAAAGAAGUUAGUGAUGGGAGUGCCAUGGUACGGCUAUGACUAUCCAUGCCUUAACUUUUCUCAGGAGGGAGUAUGUUUUAUAAUCAAAGUUCCUUUCCGUGGAGCCCCCUGCAGUGAUGCAGCUGGAACACAGAAAACAUACAAGUGGAUCAUGAAACAGGUCAACAGCUCAUUGUCCGGCAGGCUCUGGGACGACAAGCAGCAAGCUCCUUACUUCAAUUACAAGGACCAGAAAGGACAGAUUCAUCAGGUUUGGUAUGAUGACCCACAGAGUAUUUGUACCAAGGCAGAGUUGGUGAAAUCCAAAGGUUUGAGGGGCAUUGGCAUGUGGAAUGGCAACAUCUUGGACUACAGCGAUGAAAUGGUCGCCAGGCAGCAGUCCGCAAUGAUGUGGAAUGCACUCUUAGGAUGCUAGCUGGGAUGCACUUGACACUGCUGCAGAAGUUUACAUCACCCCUCCUGUUUGUUGCUAAGGCAAUAUAUAUCCCUUUGUAGCAGUAAUGGGGUGUGGCUUUCCUCUGUUCAGGGAUGCAUACUUUUACUUCAGAGUUUAUUGUGGUUUUUAUUGCUGUUGUUGUUGAAUGUAGUUACGUCUCAAACAUUCCUCUGUGCAAACUGGAAAA